GCUCGGCCCCGGCCAGGCUGAGCAGGGCGCAGCGCAGAGGCGGCGCUGGCACGGCGGAAGCCUCCGGGGCAGGUGCCGGGCGCGCCGAGCCCCGCUUUGCCUCUGGCCGCCGCCGCCGGAGGAAGAGGAGGAAGAGGGGGAGCGGGCGGCUCCCGCCUGCCGGAGCCCCUCCAUGCCUCGGGCUCCCCGGAGCGCCGCCUGCCGCUGCCGCCUUUGCGCUGGGGAGCCUUGGCCAUGGCGGAGGCGGCCGGCGAGGGCGCAGAUAAUCUUCCCGGAGAAGGAAAUCAGGCUGUUGUUUUGACAGGCUCAAACAUUAUGUCUCCCGUGGCCCCUUCCAUAAAUUCAUUUACGGCAGAAUUUCCCAGAAAGCGAAAAGGGAGUGACUCCGAUACUCAAUAUACCUGUGACACUGAGGGCGAUGAUCUCCAGAGCAGGAGUGACGAUGAAGAGCACGUGAAAAUUAAGUAUUUCAGGGAGGCUCACAGCCAAACAGAGAAAAGAAGAAGAGACAAAAUGAACAACCUGAUAGAAGAAUUGUCGGCUAUGAUACCUCAAUGCAAUCCGGUGGCUCGUAAGCUGGAUAAACUCACUGUCUUAAGAAUGGCUGUGCAGCAUUUAAAGUCGAUGAAAGGUUCCACCAGUUCUUACUCAGAAGUGAGGUAUAAGCCUUCAUUUUUACAGGACGAUGAACUUCAACAACUCAUCCUUAAGGUCGCCGAUGGUUUCCUAUUCGUGGUUGGAUGCGACCGGGGGAAAAUCCUGUUUGUUUCCGAAUCCGUUUCCAAGAUACUCAAUUAUGAGCCCGCACAUCUAACUGGGCAAAGCCUUUUCGACUAUCUUCACCCGAAGGAUGUGGCCAAAGUCAAAGAACAGCUCUCCUCUUCAGAUGCUUCACCCAGGGAAAAAUUGAUCGAUACCAAAACUGGUUUGCAAGUUCACGUGGAUUUUCGAGCGGGAUCUUCCCCUCUGCAUUCCGGGGCACGGCGUUCAUUUUUCUGCCGCAUCAAGUACACCAAAAACGCAGUCAAGGAAGAGAAGGAACUCUCCUCCGGCUCAAAAAAGAAAGAUCAUAAAAAGUACUGUACCAUUCAUUGCACCGGUUAUCUGAAAAGCUGGUCCACGGAUGAGGUGGGAAUUGAGGAAGAUACGGAAAAAGAGAGCGGCAAUUUUAAUUGCCUGGUGGCCAUCGGCCGAUUACACCCUUACACCGUUCCACAAAAGAGCUUUGAGAUUAACGUCAAGGCAACGGAAUUUGUAACCCGCUUUGCUGUCGAUGGGAAAUUUGUGUUUGUAGAUCAACGAGCGACAGCAAUUUUGGGAUAUUUACCCCAAGAACUGUUAGGAACUUCUUGUUACGAAUAUUUCCACCAGGAUGACCACAAUCAUCUAACUGAAAAACACAAAACAGUGUUACAGAGCAAAGAAAAAAUAUUUACCAAUUUCUACAAAUUCAAAGCGAAAGACGCCUCUUUUGUCACCUUAAAAAGUCAGUGGUUUAGCUUCACCAAUCCGUGGACCAAAGAGUUGGAAUAUAUUGUGUCCAUCAAUACCGUUGUUUUAGGUCACAAUGAAUCAGGUGAAGAAACUCUAUUAGCCUGCAGCUCCCUGACUCCAGAAGAUGCCACAAAACCACAAUUUCUUGAUGUACCAGGAAUGUCUACAGGGACUAUCCUUGGAGCCGGUAGCAUAGGAACCAAAAUUGCAAACGAAGUUUUAGAUUUGCAAAGGUUACCCGCCUCUCCUCUGGGUGAGCAAAGCCCAUCCGAUCUUAGGAGGAAGCCUUCUCCUGGCCUACCCGUCACUUGCGAUGAGGCUCCAGAUAAAGGCCUUACAGAACUUCCUCCUCCGGGGAUAGAAGAUUUAGAAACUCUGGAGCAAACUCAAGAUGUGAUUUCAUUCUCCAACAAUGAGCCUCUUCUCGGUGGCACUUCUCAGUUAGAUUUUGAAAAAGAGACUGCCAUGGCUGAUCUCAUGAAUUAUUUGGAAGCCGAAGGAGGAUUGGCGGACUCCACGGAGCUCAGCGAUAUGCAAUGGACCCUCUAGGUUUACACCAGCGAGAAGAAGAUUUUCAAUGCACACAAAAAAGAAGAACCACUCACCAAUUCAAGUACUGUAUCCGUCUACCUUAAAGCUUUAAUUCCUACGUUACAAGAACAAUAUUUACAGUAUUACUGUUUCCGAAAGACUUCUGCCUUAUUAUUCUUAGGUGGCCAGGCUGAACAGAUGCAACGCUUUUUAAAAGACACACAAACACACAACCUCAGUUUUGCUAUCGAUGCGUAAGCAAAUAAGCUUUCGACCGGGGAAUCUUUUUACCGAAAUCUUUGGAAGGGACGUUACGGCGAGCAGCAAUAUUCUGAAAUAUCUUUGCCGUUGAGCUAUUUAUUGUUUUGUUGAUUAACGAUGCUUAAUAUUUCUU